AAAAAAUCCUUAAACAAUCUCUAAAAAAAUGAAAAAUAACCCGAAUUCGGUUAUUAUUUUAUUUGUGAUAAUAAUUUCAUGUUUAAUUAAUGGAAUCCAUAGCAAGAGGCAGGGUGAUUUGCUUCAUAAGCUGGCCAAAGCAAAAUUUAAUGGUGACCCAAAAAUUGAUACAAGGCCUUAUAGUUAUGAAGCACAUGAUAUUUUACCAGUACAAAUAUCUGAUUUAGUUAAUGAUACACAAACAUUAAGAGGAUUAAAUACAGGCUCUAAAGAAGCUGAUAAAAUUGUGAAAUUGCCAGGUCAGCCUGUUGUUAAAUUUGAUCAGUAUGGUGGUUAUGUUACUGUUGAUCAAGCUGCAGGUAGGGCUUUGUAUUAUUAUCUUGCUGAGGCUCCAUAUGGUAAAGAAAAGUUGCCUCUUCUUCUUUGGCUAAAUGGAGGGCCUGGUUGUUCAUCUAUGGCUUAUGGAGCAAUGGAAGAGCUCGGUCCAUUUAGAGUAAACAGUGAUGGCAAAACACUUUACAUUAACAAACAUGCAUGGAACAACGUUGCAAAUGUUCUAUUUUUGGAGUCACCGGCCGGAGUAGGAUAUUCAUACUCAAAUAGAUCAUCAGAUUAUAGUAAUUCAGGUGAUAGAAUGACAGCAACAGAUAAUUAUCAAUUUUUGGUGAAUUGGUUAGAAAGAUUUCCUGAAUAUAAAACUAGAGAUUUUUACAUUGCUGGUGAAAGUUAUGCCGGCCAUUAUAUUCCUGAACUUGCUCAUAACAUUCUUCUUCAUAAUAAGCAAGCUGGAAAAUCCAUCGUCAACCUCAAAGGAAUUGCUAUUGGAAAUGCAGCGAUAAAUGAUGAAACAGACAAUUAUGGACAAUACGAGUUUUUCUCAAGCCAUGCUUUGAAUCCGCCGAAAAUUCUAGCGGACAUUAAAAAGUUUUGCAAUUUUUCGCCGAUUGAUACAAGCAAACCGUCGCAACAGUGCAACGAAACUAUUAGCAAGUCAGACAAUAAUACUAUUGGUAUUGAUGUUUAUAACAUCUAUGCUCCCUUAUGUCACAAUCAGAAUCUCACUGCCACACCUAAGAGUGUUUCGUUUACAGAAUAUGAUCCAUGCAGUGAUAAUUAUGUGUAUGCAUAUAUGAAUAGAGCAGAUGUUCAGCUAGCAUUGCAUGCCAAUGUUACUAGACUCAAUUUUACUUGGAACCUCUGCAGUGACCCCAUUUUUAAUGGUUGGAAGGAUAGUCCAGUUUCUACCCUUCCUCUAUUACAGGAAUUCAUAUCCAGUGGGAUUAGAGUCUGGAUUUAUAGUGGUGACACAGAUGGAAGGAUACCUGUUACUUCUACACAAUUGUCACUUAAGAAGAUGAAUCUUACUACCACAACUCCAUGGUAUCCUUGGGCCCUUGAUAAAGAGGUUGGUGGAUAUACAGAAAUAUAUGAAGGCUUGACAUUUGCUACAGUAAGAGGAGCUGGACAUGACGUACCAUCUUUCCAGCCUAGGAGAGCAGUUGCUUUGAUACAAAACUUCAUGUCUGGCAAGAAGCUUCCACUUUUUAUUGCUGAAUAAUUUCAAUUCUAUUCAUGGAUUUAAUUUAUUGGGAUUUUUUUAUUGUUUUAUUUAUUUUUAAUUGUAGCCCAAGUUAGGGUUUUUAAUGAGUUGAUGUAGAUCUGAUGCUACGUUUUUCAUUCAUGAGUAAUCUUUAAUAAUGAAAAAAAUGUCAAAUUGUCAUUCA